GGCCGAUGCUACACAUCCAGGUGAGUCGACCACUUUGGUCCAAAAUGAACGAAAAGGAGUUCCCGAUGCAGCGUAUUCGAAGGCUUGUGUUGCUGCUUAGGAACUGACAAAUGUCGAGGAAGUGUGAAACAAGCAAACCUCCCACCAGCGAAAGCCCCAGGCCUGGUGUGGCCAGCGAGAGCCAGAAAUGUCCAGAGGAACCAAACAGGGGUGGGUCCCCGGACAGUGACAGCAACUUCCAUGGUUAUCCAACUACGACAAUUCCAAACAGCCUGUGUAAAAGCUUUAAGCUUCUCAUGGAUAAAAUCAGUGUUUUGGUGUUGUUUCCACCCUGAUAUUCAGAUUUACCAUUUAGCAUCCACUGCUCUGCUUCCUCAAGCUUAUUUUGCAACCUCCUUUCUCUUCGUUUCAAUAUUCAACAAUGUUCCCCAUGUUGCUUCUUCUUUUGACUUCCCAUCUUCUUUGGUCUUGUCUCCAAGUCUCACUUUUAAUAUAAAUAUUCCUCUUACCGCUUCUUUUUUUUUCUUUUCCAUUUUUUGUAAAACAAUUCAAAACCGGCGUUUUAUAAUUUAUAAUUAAUAAAUAAUAUUCCUAUAUACUAUUCUUAUAUAAUAUUAAUUAUUUACCUAUCCACCUAUCCACCUAUCACCCCUCUUCCUCUC